AUGGACUCGAACGAUACCGCGGCCCCGACGAUCCUCAGAGAUGUCGGCGGAGUACCGGGCGUUCACGUGUUGCUCAACGCCUUCACGGAAGCAACCGAGAGACUCUUGUUCACGUCACCUCAGUUUUUCAACAGACAUGCUAAAAACACGGAAGUGAGGGCGGGAAAGCAGAAAGCAGGGUGGCACCGCCACGCAAGUCACCCCACUUUCCCUGAGGAGCACUACAAGCUCUCAAACCUCGUGAUAGAUUCGGGGCUCUAUCCGGGUCUCGUGUACCCAGAUAUGCUCCUGGCCAUGACCUAUCGACCAAAGAUCGAGACAAAGGGUUACGAUGGGCCCGACAAAGGCCCCAAAUUCGAGAAGCAUUUUGACUCAAAGUACAAAUGGGGAGAAACCAUCAUAGGAGUCAGCCUUGGCGCGGCAUCCUGUCUCCGCUUCUUUCCAGCCAAAGGUCAGACGAUGAACGGACCCGCCUUCGCUCCGUUUGGCGAAUUUGGUAAAGGAUUAGGUGCAUCGCGCGUCGAAGGCAAACGCGUCGAGAUAGAACUACCUCGGCGUUCCAUCUACAUCAUGUCGGGACCCAGCCGAACCGAUUGGAGGCACGCGAUAAGCCCGAUAGAGGACAAGUCGCCUCCUUCGCUGAACUGGAACCCUGGUUUUAGGCGAUCUUUGACCAUGCGCACAGUCAAAUGGUACAGCAACGCGGUGUUGCAGAUUCGACUGCGAAAGGCGCGGACGAACGAGGAUAUUCCGGCGGCGGCGGCUCUCGUCAAACGUAUCAACGCGCAAAACGUAUUCAAAAAGGGAGUUUCAAAAGCAGAGAUGGAGUCCUUUUAUCCCCGCGGGAAAAAGGAGGCUCAGCAGUUUGCCCAGGAGAUUGAGAGCGGCGAGUUGAAGGGUCUGAGGUUCACCGAACGCGAGUUAUACGUAUUCCAGGGCGCUGGUCGGCACCUCGGAGGAGCGAGCGGCACUUCGAAACGUGCCCUGCCUCCCCUCACUAAAGAUGAGAUGCGCGCGGCUCGCCUCCGACACUUGGAUCCUACUGCCGCCGCCGUUGAAUCCCAGGAGGUCAUCGUCAUCGACGACGCUGAAUCCCAGGAGGUCAUCUUCAUCGACGACUGA